GUCUUUCGACAAGCUCAGAAGCGAAUAGAGAAUGCACGGCAGUUCUGGGACCAGGGGGAGGAAGCAGAGCUCCUCCAAAGAAAUUCCUCCUCAAACACAGUUUCAAAUGCGAUGUUCCAUGGAGAAUGAGCCUGGAAUUGUGUCGCCAUUUAAACGAGUAUUCCUAAAAGGUGAAAAGAGUAGAGAUAAGAAAGCCCAUGAGAAGGUGACAGAGAGGCGCCCUCUGCACACUGUGGUGUUGUCAUUGCCUGAGCGCGUCGAGCCAGACAGACUGCUGAGCGACUAUAUUGAGAAGGAGGUGAAGUUCUGGAGUCCAGGAGGUCCAAGGUCAGAGGAACAGCCUCUGUAUUUAGGUCAGCUCACGUCCAUACCAGGGUACCUGAAUCCUUCCAGUCGGACUGAAAUCCUGCGUUUCAUAGACAGUGCCAAGAGAGCCCACCAGCUUCCGGGGCACCUGACACAGGAGCAUGACGCCGUGCUCAGUCUGUCUGCCUACAAUGUAAAGCUAGCCUGGCGGGACGGGGAGGACCUCAUCCUCAGAGUGCCCAUCCACGACAUCGCUGCUGUCUCUUAUGUUCGGGAUGAUGCUGCACACCUGGUGGUCCUGAAGACAGCCCAGGAUCCAGGCAUCUCCCCAAGCCAAAGUCUGUGUGCAGAAGGUUCCCGAGGACUCAGCGCAGGCUCCCUGUCGGAGAGCGCGGUGGGGCCAGUGGAGGCCUGCUGCCUGGUCAUCCUGGCUGCAGACAGCAAGGUGGCUGCAGAAGAGCUGUGCUCCCUGCUGGGCCAGGUGUUCCAGAUGGUCUACACCGAGUCCACCAUUGACUUUCUGGACAGAGCUAUAUUUGAUGGGGCCUCCACACCCACCCACCACCUAUCCCUGCACAGCGAUGACUCUUCCACCAAAGUGGACAUCAAGGAGACCUACGAGGCAGAAGCUAGCACUUUCUCCUUCCCGGACCUUGCAGAUGCCAGUGGUGUGUCGCCCUUCUGCACACAGCCAUCACCUCACAGCAAGACUGCCAGCGAAAGUGAGCUGAGCACCAGUGCUGCAGAGCUACUGCAGGACUACAUGCAGACGCUGCGCACCAAGCUGUCGUCGCAGGAGAUCCAGCACUUCGCAGCACUGCUGCAUGACUACCGCAAUGGCGCCUCCAUCCACGAGUUCUGCAUCAACCUGCGGCAGCUCUACGGGGAUAGCCGCAAGUUCCUGCUGCUUGGUCUGAGGCCCUUCAUACCCGAGAAGGACAGCCAACCCUUUGAGAACUUCCUGGAGACCAUCGGCGUGAAGGAUGGCCGUGGCAUCAUCACCGACAGCUUUGGCAGGCACCGGCGGGCCCUGAGUACCACCUCCACCUCUACCACCAAUGGAAACAGGGCGGCAGGCAGCCCAGAUGACCGGUCGGUGCCCUCUGAGGGGGACGAGUGGGACCGCAUGAUCUCGGACAUCAGCAGCGACAUCGAGGCACUGGGCUGCAGCAUGGACCAGGACUCAGCGUGACGCAUGGCAGAGACCACCCAUGCCCUGGCAGGAGGUGCCUAGACCUGGGGCGGUGUCAGCCCUUCCAAUGAUUGGGACCAGGCCAGGCUCCAGCACAAAUGGCUCCAGGUUGCCCAGGUCCUCAACUGUGAAGGAGCACAGAGCUGCAUGGGACACACGUCCCUGUGCGGGCAGACAGAUCUGGCCAGCAGGGAGCGCAGGCAGGCGACACUUGCACAUGAUGUUCCUGUUGUAGCUCUCAGAGACCUUAAAGCGAAGUUUACUGCAAUGUGAAUAAUUUAA